AUGUCUUACGACCAAACGACGACCCUUGCGUCCUCUUCGUCCACCCGCCCAUUGCUACCAUCCUAUGACGAAGCACUUGCAUCAGAGGAUACACCGUCACCCUAUAAUUCUAACGAUGAAAAUCAAUCAUUACUACAAGCAGAUUAUUCGAAAACAAGUCAUACAGAUACGAACGUAGUUGUAGAUAUAUAUGGGCAAGAAAGCGCAGUGGCUGACGAGUUAUCGGCACCACCAGCAUAUAGUCUGUCGGAUGCGAGUUACGAAAGAUCUACUAAGGGGGUUGUGAGUUACGAUCCGAAGAUUAAUCAGGAGGUCGAGAGCUUGCAUAGGUUCUUUCUAGCGCACAAUGAUAUGCCUGAAAUGGCUAUUACGGUUCAUGGUUGUCAUGAAGAGACGACUGUCCAUUAUCACACACACACAGACGACAAUGGCCAUACACGAACGGACACAACACAUCACAGUGAAGAAGUCACAGACUUUCACUUUACAUUAGACCUCACGGAAUAUAUAAUACCGCGUGGAAUAAUAACUGUCAAUGGGCAGAAAGGUCAACCAGCGAAAGAUCUUAGGGAAUUACUGCAGGAAUAUGUAGAAAACAAGAAUAAAUUGAAAGAGAUUAAAAUGAAAAAGGUGCGAGUCAAGUAUCGGCAUAUUUGUUUUGCCUUCGUCUCAUUAAAAAAUCACCCGAUUUACUAUCUCGUCUCGCCUUCUCCUCCGAUCCAUUUCCCAAUGAUCAGGUCGUAG